AUGAACCAGUACAAAAUCAACACUUGUGGAGCUCCAUGCAACCCAACUCUGAAACCUUACCCCAACUUCAACGCCCAAUCAGAUGUUGAACUUCUUAAAAAGGCCAUGGACGGCUUGGGCACUGAUGAGGCCAUGAUAAUUGAAAUCCUUGGAGCAAGAACGAGCCAACAACGUGUUGCAAUUGCCGAAGCCUACAAAGCAUCUUAUGGAGAGAGUCUUCGAAAGAGACUGAAGGGCGAAUUGUCGGGUGAUUUCGGAGAAUUGGUGGAUCUCAUGUUCUACUCAAUUCCAAAACUGAAGGCUCAAAUUAUCUACGAUGCUAUUCAUGGUGCUGGAACUGAUGAAAGUGCUCUCAUCGAAGUCAUUUGCACCUCCACCAAUUCCGAAAUUGAACAACUUAAGAAGGACUAUGCUUCCGUUUGCAAAAGGAAUGGAAAAAUGGCCACUGAGGAUUCCUUGGAGAAAGACAUUACCGACGAUACAAGUGGAUACUUCAAACGCAUUCUAGUUGCUCUCUUGGCCGCUCAACGUUACGAGCCCACUGAGCAACAAUGGAAAGACCUAUCGAAUCGUGGUCUUGAUGCGGUCAUUGACAAACGUGCUGCUGAAGCUGACGCUCAGAGCCUCUAUAAUGCUGGAGAAAAGUACAUCUACUUAUUUAAUAUUCAGAAACUCGGAACUGACGAAGAAACAUUCAUAAACAUUCUUUGCACAAGAGGACCGUGGCAGUUGGCUGCGAUAGCUAAGGCAUAUGAGAAGAUUAGCGAGAAGCGUCUUAUUGAGGCAAUUGCAAGCGAAACGUCUGGCGAUUUCAAACGCGCUCUUACGACUAUACUGAUGGCCAACAUCAACACACCAAUGGCUUUUGCCGAACUUCUUGAGAGUGCCAUGAGUGGAGCAGGAACUGACGAUAAGAAACUCAGGCGUAUUAUUGUCUGGCGUUGUGAGAUUGACAUGAAGGAGAUUAAGAACUGCUAUCUUACAAGAUUUAACAGAGAACUGGCCGAUGACAUUAUCGAUGACACCUCUGGUGACUAUGCUGAUUUGCUUUGUCGCCUUAUUGGGGCUCAGUAA